CAGGACCUGGCCGCGUAUCGCCUGCCCAACCAGACAAAUCGGCUGGCGCUGGUGUUUGACCCAAUGGCAGACGGCGUUCCCUUCACCUUUGGCCUCGAAAUAUUCGAGCCGGGGCACAAGACUGCGCCUCACACGCACCCAUCCUCCCAGGAGCUCUUCUUCAUCCUUGCAGGCGACGGCGAGGGCUUCUGCGACGGGCAGCGCUUCCCGGUGGCGGCCGGUGACGCGGUGGCGUUCCCUCCGCGCAGCCUCCACGGCAUCGACGUAUCUCCCUCAGGUCGCAUGUAUUGCCUGGAGCUCAUGCAGCCCAACGACAUGUUUGCCGAGUUUGUCAAAGCCGGCCAGCCGCUCGGGGGACUAGCAGAUGAUGAUCUGUGCGUGCUGGCAGCUCUCGGCUGCGGCGGUGUUCUGCCGGGAGAAAGUAGCGCCUAA